AUGGCUGCCUCCACCACAGUGUUUCUACAGGAUGCAUGCCUCAAGCAUCGAUACGUACGGAACAAAGACACUAGUAAUAUUGUCGAGCGGCCGGAACGUAUAAGAGCCGUCAAAACUGGUCUGUCAGCUGCUAUAGCGCGACUUGAGGAACUACAACCGCGCGCAAACCCUAGCGUUGCUGAACACAACGCUGCCGAGGACCUCACUGCCGCCCUUCAGCGCAUGAACUUGGCUUCCAAUGAUGCAUUCGAAGCACGCUCCGGGGUUCGAGUUGUCAAAAGCUCCGCUGCGAUUGACAUCCUCCAUAAUGCCGCUGUGAAGUAUGUGCAUGGUGAUAUCGAUGGCGACGUUUACUUGGAAAACUUGAAGAGAUGGGCGGCAGAAAGUAUAUCCAAGAUUGCUGAAGGCGGCAGCGAAAUACCAGAAGGAUUGAACCAGGGUGAUCUGUAUUUAUGCUCAGAGUCCUUGGAAGCAAUGCAAGGCGCGCUAGGGACUGUUUGCGAAGCUGUCGAUACCGUCAUCGCAGAGUCAUCGGCUAAUGCAGCCCCGCGCACGGCUCGCAGUGCCUUUGUUGCUGUUCGACCACCGGGUCACCACUGUGGAGAAGAUACACCAUCUGGUUUCUGCUUUGUCAACAAUGUGGCAGUUGCAGCAGCCCAUGCACAUCUCAAGCAUGGCAUAAAUCGGGUCUUGAUAUUUGAUAUAGAUCUGCACCACGGGAACGGAACGCAGUCCAUCGUGUGGCAAAUCAACGAAGAAACUUACCGCAAAUCUCAGGAGCUUGAAGCGCAGCGACGAUUUGCGGAAAGUGCAGAGAACGAUAUCAAACUACCUGACGCCGCUGGACUACAAGUGUUCUACGGAAGUAUACACGAUGUUCUUUCUUAUCCCUGCGAGGACGGCGUUCCGGCUCUUGUCCAAGCUGCUUCAACAUCCGUUCAUGGACCUCAUGGCCAGUAUAUCGAGAACAUCCAUUUGCAGCCUUACUCGACGGACGAGCAUUUUUGGGAUGUGCUGUACCCACAGCGAUAUUCUGCUAUAUUCCAGAGAGCGGAACAAUUCGUUCAAGAAACGGGGGGUGGCGGUAAAGAUGUCCUGAUCUUCAUCAGUUGUGGCUUUGAUGCUUGCGAACAUGAAUAUCCCUCGAUGUCUCGACAUGGCCGCCGAGUUCCCGUGGACUUUUAUCAUCGUUUUGCUCGCGAUGCGAUGUCCUUUGCUCAGAAAUAUUCUCAAGGGCGAUUGGUGAGCGUGCUGGAAGGAGGGUACAGCGACCGCGCCCUCUCCAGCGGGGCCAUGGCCCAUUUGCUCGGAUUGGUAGACGAAAGUCGCGCGAAGAAGGUUGACAAGGAAUGGUGGAACGUACAUAACCUCGCGAGGCUGGAGAAAGCGACGAAGAAGCGCGCGAGAGGUGCCAGGCCAUCCGCGCCCGGGCCUGGAGAUGAAUGGCUGCAACGCACACAAGCCAUCUUCGCCUCCAUGACCGAGGGUGAUACAGCAAUACCUGUAUCUCUCCCUCCCCCGUCAAUGACGCUGCGUGAUCGGAAAUCUCGAACCGCCGCCACCGAUGCUGCGAGUACCGCCUCGGGUAACACAUCCACCUCGGCGAAGAAAGGCGCUGGCGCCAGAGGAAAAGGAACGCGGUCCCCACGGCCUCCAAUGGAGGAUUCGAAGACCGAACUGUCUGACCCGGCGAUUGCAAAUACCAACGAUUCGCCAUCGAAAGAUGGAGUUUCUGCUAAGAAGCUGCCGAGAGUAAUUCUGCACGUACGAUCGCCGCCUGGCCCGGAUACAUAA